UUCUCCUUUCCCUAUAAGAAUAAUUACAAUAAUUCUCAAGAUGACCAAAGAUGAGGCAAGAUUCGCAACUGCUAAACAAAAGGCACUCUUGGGCACAGUUGGACUCUGUGUUGGUAUUGCAUUUGGAACAGCAAAUAUGUUUGGCUAUGGACAGCGUACGUACAUGCGACUCUUUUCUCAUUGUAUAACAGGAUCAGCAAUGUCAGUGGCAGCAUGGAUGAGUGUCCGAGGUCUACUCGUCUCACGACAGAGUUUUCCUACCAUGUACAAGUCAGGGGUACCACACAACAAUCGACCGUUGCAACACUUACGGAUAUUGAACAACACACCUGGGUCCAUAUCUAUCAACCGCACACCUCUACCUACAUUUGUUCACAGUCGGUUCGCAUAAGGAAACAUACAUAACAUGCAUACACACAUACACCAUAUACACAGAUGCACAGAUCAGAAAUUUUGCCGCAGCUUAAAUUAAAAUAAUCAUCGUGGCAUCCAAAAAAGAAACAACAUAUAUACUACCUACAUAUGCACAACCCAACCCAACCCAACCCAACCCAAACCAAACCAAACCAAACCAAACCAAACCAAACCAAACCAAAAAGAACAACCAGCAUACAUAAUUCCAGAUGAACAAACUCACAAGCAACAAUCACACAAUUACACCUUAUAGAUUAGAAAGAAGGGAGGGGGUACGAGCAGUGACAAUGAUGCCCUUACCUUCCUCUUUGUUUUGUGAUGUUUAUACAUUGUAAUACUUACUUACUUGGCUCGUUCAUUCGUUAGUUACCUUUCGCUAUAAAUAUACCCUUUGUUUCUUAUUAAUCACAAAAAAGUUAAUAAAUAAAUAAAUAAAAUACAUAAUAAAAAUGAAAGAAUAUCUUAUAGUUACCUUC